AUGCCACAAAUUUACCCCAGGGACAAGAAGCGGCAUGUGAUCACCACUCAAACCGUGCACAAGUGCGUGUUGGACUCCUGCCGGCACCUGCAGCAGGAGGGCUUCGACGUGACUUACCUCUCAUGCGCUCAUCGAUCCCUCCUUCCGCCCAAACCCCCCACAUCAAACAUGCAGGGACAAAAAGCGCCAUGUGAUUACCUGCAGCAGGAGGGAUUCGACGGACAAGAAGCGCCACGUCAUCACCACUCAAACCGAGCACAAGUGUGUGUUGGACUCGUGCCGGCACCUGCAGCAGGAGGGCUUCGACGUGACUUAGCUGCUUUCCGUCCAUGCACUCACCUGUCCCUCUGUCGUCCUCCUUGCCCGGACAAGAAGCGUCACGUCAUCACCACUCAAACCGAGCACAAGUGUGUGUUGGACUCGUGCCGGCACCUGCAGCAGGAGGGCUUCGACGUGACUUACCUCCCCGUCGGCUCUGACGGUCUCGUCGACCUCGAAACCCUAAAAGCCGCGAUCCGCCCGGACACAGUUCUCGUUUCGAUCAUGACCGUUAACAACGAGAUCGGCGUCAUCCAGCCGCUCGCCGAAAUCGGGCAGCUCUGCCGGGCAAACAAAAUCUUCUUCCACACCGACGCUGCGCAGGCAGCGGGGAAAAUCCCGCUAAGUGUCGACGAGCUAAACAUCGAUCUUCUCUCGCUUAGCAGCCAUAAGAUCUACGGUCCGAAGGGGGUUGGUGCUUUGUAUGUGCGCCGCCGACCCAGAGUGAGGCUCGAGCCUCAGAUGAGCGGUGGAGGCCAGGAACGGGGUCUCAGGUCCGGUACCGUACCUACCCCGCUGGUGGUUGGGCUAGGUGCGGCAUGCGCCGUCGCCGAAGCUGAACUAGAACGCGACUACCGCCACGCAGAGCACUUAAAGGAGAGGCUUUUAAAGGGGAUAACGUCGCAGCUGGAAGGGGUGGUGAUCAACGGCUCUGAUGAACCCGGGAAGCGGUACCCGGGCAAUCUGAACCUCUCGUUUGCGUAUGUGGAGGGGGAGAGCCUGCUUAUGGGGUUGAAGGAGAUCGCGGUGUCGAGUGGCAGUGCAUGCACGAGCGCGAGUCUCGAGCCCAGCUAUGUGCUGCGGGCGCUGGGCGUGGAGGAGGAGAUGGCUCAUACCUCCAUUCGGUUCGGAUUCGGGCAAUUCACCACUGAAGAAGAGGUGGACAGGAUGUGGAAGGCAGCAGCGAGUCGCCUGAUCCCCGCCGCUCUUCGCGCGCAGCGGGGAGCGUCGUCGCACGCUAAUGGCAUUCGCAGCGCGCCGUUUAUCGGGCGAAUGAUGUCCUCGCAGGCGUACCCAGUGAUCGACCACACGUACGACGCGGUGGUGGUGGGGGCGGGAGGGGCGGGGCUGCGGGCGGCGAUCGGGCUGUCGGAGAGCGGAUUCAACACGGCCUGCAUCACCAAGCUCUUUCCCACGCGCUCGCACACUGUCGCCGCGCAGGGCGGCAUCAACGCGGCGCUGGGCAACAUGACUGAGGACGACUGGCGCUGGCACAUGUACGACACCGUCAAGGGCAGCGACUGGCUGGGCGACCAGGACGCGAUUCAGUACAUGUGUGAGCAGGCGCCCAAGGCGGUAAUCGAAUUGGAGCAUUACGGGCUGCCCUUCUCUCGCACUGAUGACGGCCGCAUCUACCAGCGCGCUUUCGGAGGGCAGAGCCUCGACUUUGGCAAGGGCGGGCAGGCGUACAGGUGUGCAUGUGCGGCCGAUCGCACGGGGCAUGCACUGCUGCACACACUGUACGGGCAGGCGAUGAAGCACAACACGCAGUUCUUUGUGGAGUACUUUGCUCUCGACCUGAUCAUGGACAAGGAGGGAGCCUGUCGGGGAGUGAUCGCACUGAACAUGGAGGAUGGCACGCUGCACCGCUUCCGAUCCAACUCCACCAUUCUGGCCACCGGGGGCUACGGGCGCGCCUAUUUCUCUGCCACGUCAGCGCACACGUGCACGGGCGACGGUAACGCCAUGGUGGCGCGUGCGGGGCUGCCUCUGCAGGACCUGGAGUUCGUUCAGUUCCACCCGACUGGCAUUUAUGGGGCUGGUUGCCUGAUCACUGAAGGAUCACGUGGAGAGGGAGGAAUUCUGCGCAACAGCGAGGGAGAAAGGUUCAUGGAGCGAUAUGCCCCAACAGCCAAGGAUCUGGCCUCGCGCGAUGUCGUGUCCCGCAGCAUGACCAUGGAGAUCCGCGAGGGGCGCGGGUGCGGGCCCCUGAAGGACCACAUCUAUCUGCAUCUGGACCAUCUGCCCCCUGAAGUGCUCAAGGAGCGUCUGCCUGGCAUCAGCGAGACUGCGGCGAUUUUCGCGGGCGUUGAUGUGACCAAGGAGCCGAUUCCCGUGCUGCCCACUGUGCAUUACAAUAUGGGCGGUAUCCCGACAAACUAUCAUGGCGAGGUCGUGGCUCCUAAGCCAGAUAACCCCGAUGCAGUUGUGCCAGGGCUCAUGGCAGCAGGCGAGGCAGCGUGUGCGUCGGUGCACGGGGCGAACCGUCUGGGCGCCAACAGCCUGCUGGACAUUGUGGUGUUCGGCCGCGCGUGCGCUAACAGGGUGGCUGAGAUCCACAAGCCAGGAGCGCCCCAGCCCCCCCUGCCAGCGGACGCGGGGCAGAAGACGAUUGAGUGGAUGGACAGGCUGCGAUACGCCAAGGGCGAGCUCAGCACGGCCAAGAUCCGAGGCAACAUGCAGCGCGUCAUGCAGAACAACGCUGCUGUGUUCCGCACCCAGGAGACCCUGGCGGAAGGCUGUGACCUGAUCGACGAGACAUGGAAGUCGUUCGAGCAAGUGGGGGUGACGGACCGCAGCCUGGUGUGGAACACGGACUUGGUGGAAACAAUGGAGCUGGAGAAUCUGCUCACCAACUCGCUCAUCACCAUGCACUCGGCCGAAGCACGCAAGGAGAGCAGAGGCGCGCAUGCGAGGGAAGACUUCCCGAACCGUGACGACACCAACUGGAUGAAGCACACCGUCGGGUAUUGGGACAACGGCAGGGUGAAGCUUGAUUAUCGUCCGGUGCACAUGAACACUCUCGACGAUCAAGUGCAGACCUUCCCGCCCAAGGCUCGGGUGUAUUAA